CCGCGGGUUACAUUUCCGCUUCGGUUCACAGGAAAUGGUUUUUCACGAGUACAGUCCCAGAGUUGCGCACGGCGUGAGCGUUGUUGUCCCACCCCUCCUCCAUCCCUCUUCGUGAGCUAUCCGGGGACCUUUGCCUUUCGUGUCUGGGAGUUGGCGUUACUCCUGCGCGCACGCGCGCCUGCCUGGACGUUAGUAACACUCCCCCAGCGUUCUUUGUGUGGGGGUCACACAGAGGUACACACACACGCAUCCUCGGCGUGCCAAGAUAGCUGAACAUUUGGGAGAUUCAAGCGGCAGCAAGCAUAGCUGGUGAGCCGAGGAGGCGGCUAACCAACGCCAUGUCAGCAAAUUGAACCUACGUGAAGCCCAGCGGUGGGGGUGGUGCCCCUCUAUCGGCCGCGUCUCGCUGAGGGCGUAGUACUUCCCCGGGAAAAGGAUGGAGGUCGAGGAGGGCAACGCUCACGCCAGUGAGAAGUCGCCGCUGCUGGGCAGAUUGCCCAGGCACAGCUACGCGUGCAUUAACAACUGCCCCACGUGCCGAGGCACUGGCCGCGUUCCGAGAGACGAGGCGAACAGGCUGGUGGCACUGAUUCCACUCAAUGACCAUCGCCUAACGCCAAGCAAAACGUUGCGGUACGUCCUACUCUCCAUGCUCACUUGCCUCUUGAUGUCGGGGCUGCUCAUCUUCUUCAUGUUUCCCCGCUCGGUGCUCGUGAGCAAUGGGGACAUCGAGUCUGUCUAUGUCUUCUUCAGCGAGAACAGCAACACCGUCAUCAUGAAUGUAACGACCAGCAUCGUCAUUGAGAACAGCAACUACUACCCCAUCGACCUUUACAGCACGUGCAUUCAAAUUGAGUUUGGUCACAAUGUGCUGAACAAAACCUGCUUCGACAAGGGCCUUGUGGUGAAGCCUCAUAGCCAGGGUCAAGUAAGACUAUCCAUUAUUCUGUCGAUAUUUGGGAUAUAUGGAUACUGCUCCAAGCCAACAAUCAAGGUCCACAACGUGUUCUUCAAACUGCACACGACGGCUGUCAUGGAUGUGUUGAACAACCACCAACAGAAGUCGACCGUCGACGACUUCCGCUACUUCGACUGCGGAGCGAACGUGACUCAUCCCGUGCCUAUCCACAUGAAGUCGUGGCUGCCAAAACUCUACUAAUGACCCCCCCCCCCUUUCUCUCCGGCUCAUUAGUACUGACCAAUAAUCAUCGUCGACACAUAGUCACUUGAAUUUGUUGGACAGAUCGUUCAAGAUUGCCACGUUAUUUUUUCGUUAAAGUUGUAAGCAGUAGUUGUAUUUGUUUAAUCCAGGGGAGGGGAACGUCCGGCCCGCGGGCCGUAUAAGGCCCGAGAAGUCAUUUGGUGUGGCCCUGCCAAGGCAACCGCAGGCGGGACUCGAAAUUCAAUAAAACUAGGAGCAAACCUGGAAAAGCAGUUGCGAGUAGCAGCAUCAUCAAUACCAGCUAACAUCACCACGCCUCGCCAAAGAGAAGCAGUUCCAGCCAUCACAUUAGGGGUGAGUUAAUUAAAUGUUUGACCAAAUAUAACGGGCUAAUUUUUAAGUUGAUAAUUUUGUAUGGCCCGCGAAUGAUGUUGUAAAUAUCCAAAUGGCCCUUGGCAGAAAAAAGGUUCCCCACCCCCCCUGGUUUAAUCUAACGUGAGAAAUCUGCGAUGACCAUUGUUCCACCUCGGAGCCCGAGCCUACAUGGACUGGUGUUCCCAGGCAGGCUCCCAUUCGUGUACGGAUCAGACUGUGAAAUACACCUUAGCUACCGAUAGGGCACGUUUAGGUUGAGUUUGUCAACUGCUUUAGGCCCCCCCCUGGAGGCUGGUGCAAAUCCGGUAGCGCCUCUUUGCAGGCCAAAAUAUUUCCAACGUAUUUAGGACGACAGUUGUUUACAGAGGGGUAGUGUUUGUAAGAGGGCACGCAAUCCAGCUGUGUCCGCCCUGUGUCUCGGGUCGCACCGCGUGUUGUUCGGCGCGAUGCCCGACGUUUAGUUUCACUUUUUAGGAGCUUCAGGUACAGCCUAAACAAUGCAUCAGGGAGAGCUACAGGAUGAGGCAGAAAACUCUAUGCAAUAGGAGGAUAAGCACACUGCUGGAGGUCACUUUAUAAAGUUUGCAGCAUAUCUGCUCUUUUUGAUUCAAGACUGGCUAAUUUAUGCGUUGGGUGCUGCUUUUUUAUCGUGCAUAAUUACGCAAGACUAAAUGGUUUUCUGUUAAUUGCAUGUGUAAUUGUAUUCUUGGAGCAUUAUUUACCACAUUUGUGUGCGAGAUUGUUGAGAGUGAAAGCGAAUCCAGGAUGUGAUGUGAUUUUAAGCUAGUUUUCACUGCACGUACUGCGUCAAAAAAUACGUCACUUUCUAUGCACGUGUGGUCCUGGAGAGAGCAUUUUCUGUUACUGUUUUUCAAUAAAUUUUCACUGGUGACCAUUUUAAAGACGCA